AAUGCGUCAAUUAAUAAUAUAAUUAAUAAAGGUUAUAAGAGAAUGAUUGAUAGAGUGGAUGCAGAAAGAAGAGAUUCACCACAACUCUAUACAGAAAAUAUUGAAGCAGAUCAACAUUUUAGCGAAGAAUCAGGUCAACACUUACCAGGAUAUAAAUGUGUUCAUGAUACUAUUGCUAAAGAUUUAGGUAUCAAUAGUGGUGAGAACUCUGCAAAAACCCCAAAUCAUCUUUUAAAAUCAAAUUUACAAAGCACACUUUCAAAUGUUUCAGAAACAUUAAGAUUUUAUUUCGAUACAACUUAUUUAUACAACCAAGCAGAUAUUUCAUCAUGCUCUAGUGUUGGUCAAGUAGUUUAUUUAGGAGGUGUAGCUUAUAAGUCCUCAGCCUUACCAUGUGAUGGUUCAAGCUCGGUAUGUGCCUACACUUGCAAAGCAGCAGAUAUUCUUUCAACCAAUGUUGCAAAUUUAAUUUCAAAAGAUAUUAUUACCACUAUUCAAGAUACUCUUGGCCAAAUGCUAUUGGUUAAUAGGGAGACCGGUAAUUUAAGAUUACCAAGGGUUGGUCGUGGUGCUUUAGGUAUCUGUGAUUAUGAUUAUACGGUACCAAAUAGUUAUUUUAAUCAAGGUGUUCCAAAUGCUGAUAUUGUUGUUUUUGUAACCUCAAGACCAGUUUAUUCAACUUCUACAAUUGCAUAUGCUGCACCAUGUAUUUAUAUAGAAGGUAACAGACCAGUAGCUGCUACAAUUAAUUUUAAUCCACGUUACUUUACACCAUUUGUUUCAGCAAAUAAACCAAGUAAUUUUAUUUUUAAUGAAUAUGUUCGUGUUGGUAUUCACGAAAUGACACAUGGCCUAGGUUUUACUAGUGAUUUUUUUAAAUAUUAUAGAAAUCAAAAUAAUCAACCAUAUUCAUCAACACCAGGAUCAAAAGUAACAAUUGUUGGUUAUACAGGUUCAAAUAUUCGUUUUAAUGUUAGCAGAAGAGCAAUUUCAACACCAUCAGUUAAAAGUUUUGUUAGAGAGCACUAUCAAUGCUAUGAUGAUGAAAAAGGAUAUCAAUUAUUAGAGGAUUAUGGUCAAGCCGGUACAGUUGGAAGUCAUUGGGAAAAGAGAACUGUUGGUGAAGAGUAUAUGUUAGGUUUUGUAUCACCAGUAUUCCCAAUUACCGGAUUAACAUUAUCACUUUUUGAAGACAUGGGUUGGUAUCAAGUUGAUAAAACUUUAGCAGAACCAUUUAUGUGGGGUAAAGGUUUAGGAUGCGAUUGGUUUAACAAUUGUGAUCGUAAAGGUUGGAAUUAUCCUGGUUAUUUCUGUGAAAAUAAAAAUACAAUUUCAUGCUCACCAACACGUGUCGGUAAAGGUGUAUGUAACCUUCAAACAGGUUGGAACAAUGUACCACCUGAAUACCAACACUUCCCAUCUUCUUCAACUGUCGGUGACUACAUUGCUGAUGGAUGUACAUUCUACGAUGUUGGUUCACAAGAAUAUUGUGUAGAUAGUUCAAAUAAUGAGGAUGCUGAUAGUUCCAUUGGAGAAUAUUACGGCGACGAUAGCAGAUGCUUUGAAUAUUCCUCAGCAACCAAUCCAAACAUUAAAAAUUUAGCUUGUUGGAAAUUCAGAUGCUCCAACGAUACAGAUCUUCAAAUCAAUGUAAAUAACAACUGGCUCAGCUGUACAUAUCCAGGAAGAACUUUCCUUGUUGGUUCAGUUUCAUUCGCAUGUCCAGAUUAUUUCUAUCCAUGU